CUCCUCGAGAGUCUCCGCAAUCCCGAUAACAAAAGGUUGGAAGAGAAGGUCAAGGAAUUGAGGGAACGAGAAGAAGCCCAUAAUGCCAAAGCUGCGCAGAGACUGAAGGAUCUGAUCGCCAGCAAUUCCACUCUCCCGGUCACCAUCUCCUCCAUCCGCCUCAUCGGUCAAGGUUCUCAGCACACCAGAAGAUCUUUUCUAGACCGGUUAUUCAAUCCAAUUCUCAGCGCGAAUAGAGAUGCACCAUACACAUUAUCAGAAGCAUUACAAGAAGCCGGAUCAGCAGCAGACAAGCUCCGGCGUUUUGAAAUCUACCAUGAUGUCUCCAUGUUCAUCGACAAACCCUCACCCACCGAUCCCUCCUCAACCCCGACCGACAUAAACAUCUUCCUCUCCGCCCGCGAGCGCGGCCGCGUAAACCUCAAAACCGGCACCGACAUAGGCAACGUGGAAGGCUCAGCAUACGGCAAUCUGUUAUGGCGCAACAUUUUUGGCGGCGCCGAAUCCCUCUCCCUGAAUGCCUCAAAAGGAACACGUACUCGCUCCUCCUACCAAGCCAUCUUCGACACCCCGAUAGCCAGUGAUCCAGAUAAACGCCUCACAAUCGAUGGCCAUGCAUCCUCAACCUCCAAACCCUGGGCUAGCCAUGAAGAAGUUUUGAAAGGAGCAGGACUGAAAUACAGCUGGGCGGCAAAGGGCGGGAGUGGACACCAAGUAUCGUACUCGGGCAUAUGGCGACAAAUCACGAAUCUAGCUGCGGGUGCAUCACCUACAAUAAGAACUGAUGCUGGUGAUAGUGUCAAGAGCAGUAUAUCGCAUACCUGGACUUCCGAUCACCGCGACAACCCUCUCCUCCCCUCCCGCGGAUACCUGCUUAAGACCGUCUCCGAAAUCGCUGGCUGGGGUCCUCUCAGUGGCGAUGUAGGCUUUUGGAAAAGUGAAAUAGAAACCAACGCCGCGGUACCUAUCCCCAUCCCCGGGAUAAAAGGCGAUAGCGGCGUGUCUUUCUCCACAGGUCUACGAGCAGGAAUGCUAUAUCCCCUUCCUGUUGGAUUCGGCGGCGCGCCUGUCCCAAGUCGAGUCAACGACCGUUUCCAACUCGGUGGCCCAACCGACAUCCGCGGCUUCAAUAUCGGUGGUCUGGGUCCACGCGACGGCAAUGACGGCGUAGGGGGUGACAUCUACGCAGCAUUUUCCUCCAACCUCCUAUUUCCCUUUCCUCGCGUAGGCAAAGACACGCCUCUCAGAUUACAACUAUUCGCCAACGGUGGCCGGCUACUGGCUUUGAAGGACAAGGGGGGCAAUACGUCCCAGAGCGUGUAUAGCACUAUUGCGGGCCUCGCAGAUGGAUCACCCAGUCUGGCGGCUGGUGUUGGUGUUGUGUACGCGCACCCUAUCGCGAGGUUUGAGUUGAAUUUCAGCUUGCCGCUUGUGGUGAGGAGAGGGGAGGAUGCGAGGAAGGGCUUGCAGUUUGGGGUGGGGAUUAAUUUUCUGUGA